AUGGCCAGAAUUAACUACGUUUUCUCCAUCUCUCUCCUCCUUCUCACCUCAUUAAUCUUCAAUAUAGUUGCUCGACCAAUCAAUAUUGGUAGGCCUAUAGAUUACGCUGAGGAUGACAUGGACAUAUCUAGUCUUGCAUCUAUUAAAAUAGGUGGAGGUCCAAGUGAAGGAGGAAUUAAGGGACAUGAGUACCCGAAUGCUGGUUAUUUUGGGAAUAUCAAGAACUCGGGACCUAAUCCUGGAGGGAAGGGACACGACUUCAUCAAUGAUAAGAUUCUUGGAGAGAUCAAAAACUCCGGUCCAAGUCCAGGUGGAAAGGGACAUUGA